AUGGCGGUUGCUGGAGGCUUUGGAUGGGCAGUAGGCAAAAAGUCGCCCAGGGAGCAGGACACGAGCUCGACGAUACCUCUAAAUGAUGCCGUAGCGCCGGUACACAACGUUCAACGCUCGAAUUUACAGUCAGCUUGGGUUGAUUUGCGAGAAGUUGUGGGAGAGGAGAAUAUAUCUGAGGACGAAUUUGACAGGAAGAGUCAUGCCGGAUCUGACUGGUCGUCGCAUCAGCUCAAAGAGAGCCAGAUUCCUUUCGCGGUUGUCAAGCCAGCGUCUACGGAGGAGGUGAGCAAGAUUAUGAAGAUAUGCCACGAGCGUAGAAUUCCAGUCACUGCAUACUCCGGCGGCACAAGUUUGGAGGGACACUUUGCGGCGACAAGAGGAGGCAUCUGUGUAGACUUUUCGCGCAUGGACAAGAUUCUUAACAUCAACAAGGAAGACAUGGACUGUAUCGUUCAGCCAGCUGUCGGAUGGGAGAACCUUAAUGAGGAUCUCGCGGAUAUAGGACUUUUCUUCCCGCCUGAUCCGGGUCCGGGAGCGCAAAUCGGCGGCAUGAUUGGAACUGGCUGUUCGGGGACGAACGCAUAUCGAUACGGAACUAUGAAGGAAUGGGUCAUCUCGCUCACAGUAGUACUCGCUGACGGAACGAUCAUCAAGACUCGUCAACGUCCUCGCAAGAGUAGUGCUGGCUACGAUCUCACGCGCAUGUUCAUCGGCAGCGAGGGUACUCUUGGACUGGUCACAGAAGCCACUCUCAAGGUAACCACGAAGCCUGCAAACACUUCGGUAGCAGUGUGCAGCUUCAAUUCGAUACGGGAAGCCGCGGACUGUGUUUUCGCCGUUGUUGGCGCGGGUGUUCCAAUCGCGGCCAUCGAGAUUCUCGACGAUGUGCAGAUGAAGUGCAUCAACGAGGCUGGGUCCACAUCACGGACAUGGAAAGAAGCACCGACUCUCUUCUUCAAAUUCGCAGGUACCCCGACAGGUGUCAAGGAACAGAUCGGCAUUGUGCAAAAGCUAGCAAAGAAGGCUGGCAGCAAAGGCUUUGAAUUCGCCAGAUCUGCAGAUGAGGCUAACGAACUCUGGUCGGCGCGAAAAGAGGCGUUGUGGAGCACCAUGGCCAAGAAGCGGGACGACAACGACCAUGUCUGGACUACAGAUGUCGCCGUACCGAUCUCGAGGCUACCACAGAUCAUAGAGGAGACGAAGGCCGAUAUCGCGAGCAGUGGACUGUUUGCGAGCAUUGUUGGGCAUGUCGGGGAUGGGAACUUCCAUUCUAUCCUCCUGUACAAUGACAACGAGCGCAAGACGGCCGAGGACGUCGUCCACCGCAUGGUCGCGCGCGCGAUCGAGAUGGAGGGCACAGCGACCGGAGAGCACGGCGUCGGGCUGAUCAAGCGUGACGCUCUACCGUACGAGACGAGCGAUGAGACGGUCGCUGCUAUGCGCAAGCUCAAGAAAGCAUUUGACCCCUUGUGUCUGCUCAACUGCGAUAAGAUUGUGCGCGUCGAGAGGCCGGGGCCGGGUGAGGUGGUACAGCGAUAUGACCACUGA